AUGAAGGCUCUAGCCAUAGAGAGUUAUAUCAAGGACCUUGGCUCCAAAGCCGCCGCACUUGACCUUGCGACCCUGGUCGGUGCUGGUUGGUGCGUCCUUAACGGCCGUGGACUGCCUGAACUUAAAGAUCAGGUAGUAGCAACAAUUGCCUGGCAAGAAGCCCAAAUGCUGCGCGUCCACCAGUUACUACAGCGUUUGGCUAGGGGGGGGGGGGGGCUGAUUACGGACAUCGUUGAUGCCGAUACUGCCCACAAGAUUGUUGUAGCACAGUGGGAGGAAGUCCUGGUGCCCCUGGCCGAGGACCUUCGCGAGUUUUGGCAGGGCCACGUCCGAAUUUCCUUCAAUGAGGCAGACGGAUGGCUGUACCGGGUUCUGGCCUAUAACCAAAUCCUGUAUCCGGAGACUUUCGACGUCGAGAAGGUGAAGGGGGAGGUGGUUGCUUUCUUUUCUUAG